AUGGAAGUCUACACAUCCAGUUUCAAGCUUAUUGAUCAACUGUUGUCUUGGGAGAAGCCUCUUCAUUCUCUGCUUGCCCUAUUUUUCUACUUGGCAUUGGUCUGGUUUGUUGAGCUCUACAUGAUACCGUUGGGCUUAACGCUGGCAGUCCUGCGCCAUCACUGCUGGCCCCAGUCUGGAUUCGUAAAUUACAUCUGGUCCCGCAGUGGGAGCUUCGUUUUCGAAUGGUGCACGUCCUAUCUACGUCAAGUUCGGUUGCGUAGCAGGUUCAUUAAUUUGCGCUCUCUGAUUUCUUUUCCAAGAUGGAAUGGACGUGAAUGGCUCAGUAACUUUUUUGGCAGUCUAGUAGGUAGGGGCAUGGCAAGCAAUGACUUGGCGCUGCUCUCUACCAGCCCAGGACAGGCGGGAGGUUUUUCACCUGCUAUGGCCGAUCCUAGGAUGUCAUCACCUCAAAAACCAGUUGGAUCUGUUGUCUGCAGCAGCCCUAGUAGUGGAAUUGGCAGUGACACUGGAAGCAUAGGCAGAGGGUCUCCUGCCUCCACAAUGCAUUCUCAGUUAUCUGACAAUUCAAUCCGCCGUGGCUACACAUCCAGUUUUGAGGAAUCUAUUCAACUUGUCUAA